AGAUUUCACCGUUUCCAGUGUUUGCCACUCGUGAUAAUACAUCUAUGGUACUUGAAUUUCAACGGAAAUGACGUAAGCACUUGCGGUAAAAGGUCAUUAGAAUCUGAUGCCACUUCCUUUUAAAGUUAGCGGCCGUUCAGUGCUUAGGAGAUGGGCAAGUUUAUGAAACCAGGCAAGGUGGUGAUGGUACUGGCCGGCCGCUACGCUGGCCGCAAGGCUGUCAUUGUCAGAAAUAUUGACGAUGGCACCUCUGAUCGCCCUUACAGCCAUGCCCUAGUAUCUGGCAUUGACAGAUAUCCUCGCAAAGUCACCACCACCAUGGGCAAGAAGAAGGUUGCCAAGAGGUCCAAGAUCAAGGCCUUUGUGAAGGUGUACAACUACAACCACCUCAUGCCUACCAGAUACUCUGUUGAUAUUCCUCUGGACAAAACUGUCGUCAACAAGGACGUGUUCAGGGACCCUGCUCUGAAACGCAAAGCCAGGCGGGAGGCAAAGAUCAAGUUUGAAGAGAGAUACAAGACAGGCAAGAACAAGUGGUUUUUCCAGAAGCUCAGAUUCUAAACCAGCUAGUUCUUUAAUAAAUGUGUAAAAUACAA